AUGACUCUACUGCGUCCCCCGAACUCCAAAGAGGCUCCCAAGAAGUCAGCCCAGCUUCCUCCGCUUACGUUGGGAACGCCUAUCCUUGUGGAGGAGCAUACACCAUGUACAUAUCACCCAUCCAUCUUGCCCCCGGAGCUUGCGUGCAGGCUCUUCUACACCAUGCUCUCUAUGAGUGAUGGCUGGCAGCGCAACAAAUGGUGGCUCUUCGAUCGUGUAGUCGAGAGUCCACAUCGAACGUCCUUCUUCGUGAGGCGGCCAGAACAAGCUUCCGCAGAGAAGGGUUCCCUUGACAUGCAGGAGGCCGCCCAAUACUGGUAUGCGUAUAACGGGCGCACGACGGGACCACCUGAUCCGUUCCCCCCGGCACUGGAGGAAGCAUGUCAGAUCAUCGAGAGGGUCGUCAACGCGGAGAUGCACAAACGCCAGCGUUACCCUCUCGAAUGGGCUGGCGAGGUCGAUCACGACGAGAAUGGAACGGCUGACCACGUCCUAUGGCGAGCGAACGUCGCGGCAUCCAACUGCUACGAGGGUGCCAAGGAGAGCGUGGGGCCGCACUCAGACCAACUGACGUACCUCGGUCCAUAUCCGACUAUCGCUAGUCUGAGCUUAGGGACGAGCAGGAUGUUCCGACUACGUGAGGUCAUACCUACUGGCGAGAAAGAUGAGCGAAGUGCCCGUACCUUCAAUGUUCCCCUCACCCAUAAUUCUCUGAUGAUCAUGCACUCAUCCACUCAAGAGCGCUACAAGCAUUCCAUCCCACCGCAGAGUAGCCUUGACCUCUUCUAUCCGCCUUUCCCUCCCCCUCCUGAACUGCGCAAUGACGUGGACAAGCUGCCCGGCUUUCGUUCCUCGGCAAGGGGCGACGCGUCCAACGCGCGGAUCAACGUCACCUUUCGUUUCUACCGCCCAGACUUCCGUGCCCAGACGACCCCGCGCUGCAAGUGCGGGGUGCCGUGCAUCCUGCGUCCGGAUAUGAAGAACCGUUACACCGCGCCGUUGCCAGGGAAACACGACUCCUCGGGGACCGGUGAUGCCGAAGCUGGUUCGGGCGGUGCCCGCAGGGACAUGGUCGCCAAGUAUUGGUGGACCUGUUACGCCGGCGCGCAGAACGAUGGGAAGGGCUGUGGUCUGUGGAGGGUUAUGGAUGUGAAGGCCGAGGGAAGAGGGCCGUUUGUCGGUCCGCUGUAG